GUUUACAUCUUUCAGUGCGUUAUAGUUAGUCAUUCGUACAAAUUUACACCCAUGGCGUUAGCACGUUUACACAUGCUCAAAUGCACUGUUUUGCCUGUUGGCAAGGUGAUCUCUUUAGCAGUCGCUCGAGUUUGUUUAGUUGAAAUUCAAACAGCGCUUUCAAAACAAACUGCGUGUGCGGCGGAAGCCUUUGCUCUGUACGUGCAGAAAAAUGAACGCUUAGUUGCUUUGACGUCGGAGAUUGGAAAUCAAGAUUCGGUUUAUGCACUGCUGCGCUGCCGUGGUGGCGGCAAAGGUGGCUUUCGGAAGCAGUUGGAGAAGAAGGGUCGUGAGUUUGCGCGGGCAAAGAUGAAAGAGAAGCGGAACAGCGUCAAAGGGGAAACGAAGAAAGAAGCCACCGGUGUCGUGAAGAGGAAGGAGCACACAGUAACGGCAAAGUUACCGAAGGCGGAAACGAGUACAACAAGAGCUCUGGUAAAACAGGGGCUUGCGUUUGUGAUGGAUUCUUACCAAAAAGGCGCGUCCGCCAGUUGA